AUGGCGGCAGCGUUGGCUCUCCAUCAGUCUCGCUCGUGGCUUGCCGUCCCGCGGCUUCCUCUUCCGCGGCUUUCUCUUGCUGCUGCGUUUCUUCCUUCCUUCCUGGCCACACAGAGGCCGUUCACGUGGGCGAUCCCUCCACUGUCCUCCCUCCUCGAGCUCUUUCCCCCGUGGCUGCUCGCCGUCCCCAAAAAGAAGGUCUCGCACUCACGAAAGAACAUGCGGAGUGCGAAUAAGGGCUUGAAGGACAAAGAAAACUUCGUUCAAUGUCCAAGCUGCGGGUCAACUAAACUCGCCCAUCACAUCUGCCCCACAUGUUAUCGCGAUAUCAAUCUGAAGUGGAAGGCUCGGAAAGCCGAGGGCUCAGCAGAGUUGUGA